AAAUACUUCUUUUUUUUCAGCGGAAGAAAUUUGUUCAAGUGAAUAAUUUAUUACUGAGGAUAUGUAAUAACUUUAUGCAUGUAGUCCAACAACCUACCCCAAAGAUGGACUUCAACUUAGAGCCUGAGCUCUUAAAAGGUCUUCAUGUGGAAGGUGAUACUACAUUUGUGAACAGUUUGCAGUCAGAGCAUUUCGGUGAGCCAAUUAGAGAAUUGUCAUAUAGGAUAUACUUGUACCCGAAUGAAAGAACAGAGUUGUUGCUAAGUAACAUGUUAGAAGGUCGACAGAUCAUUGCCAGUAUGACCGGGUUUAAAACAUUUGCAGAGAGAGCUCUUAAAGGAACACUCGCUGAAAGUCCUGAAAAUGUUUGGAAUUUUCUGGAGAACAUAGCAGAAAAAAUCAGAGACGGAGCUCGGAAGGAGUAUGAAAUUAUGCGCAGCAUUAAAAUGGAAAAGAAAGAGACUGAUAGCAUAAGUGUUAGACAUGAUGAAAUAAUGCCAUGGGACCCACCAUACUUUGCAAAUUAUUGUCGCAAAAAACUAUAUGAUGAGGAAAGUAUAUGUGACUACUUCUCCUUGGGUGUAUGUAUGGAAGGACUUAACAUGGUGUUUAAAAGUUUGUUUGAUGUUACACUAGAAAAUGUGAAGCCAGAGGAAGGUGAGGUGUGGCACUAUGAUAUCUAUAAACUGGCUGUAACACACAGAACUGAAGGUAUUCUGGGAUACAUCUAUUGUGACUUUUUUGACAGGAAAGAGAAACCUAAUCAGGAUUGUCAUUUUACGAUACAUGGUGGUAGAAUGAAGGAAGAUGGGGAAUAUCAGCUGCCCAUCGUAGUACUACAUCUGAAUUUUAUGUUCCCAGGAUCCUUCACUCCUACGUUGCUCCAACCCAGCCAGCUGGAGAAUUUGUUCCAUGAGUUUGGACAUGCCAUGCAUUCAAUGUUAGGCAGAACUCAAUACCAGCAUGUUACUGGAACCAGAUGUCCAAUUGACUUUGCUGAAGUUCCGUCAGUAUUAAUGGAGUAUUUUGUCUCCGAUCCAAGGGUGCUGUCAGCAUUUGCCAAGCAUUACAAGACAGGGGAACCACUUGAAGGUGAAAGAUUGAUGAAUUUCUGUAAGAGCAAGAGAUUGUUUUUGUACUCAGAUUACCAACUACAGGUGUUUUAUGCACUGGUAGAUCAAGCCUUCCAUGGAUCCUGGAAAUCUGACACUUAUGAUUGUUCAUAUACUGAUAUUCUUAGAGACAUACAAAACAAGUAUUAUGGAAUACCACAUGUGAAAGAUACUGCCUGGCAUCUUAGAUUUGGUCAUCUUGUUGGAUAUGGUGGUAAAUACUACUCCUACCUUAUGUCCAGGGCAGUAGCUUCUAGAAUCUGGCGACAGUUCUUCAAAGAUGACCCGUUCAAUCGUGAGAAUGGUGAGAGAUACAGACAAGAGCUUUUGGCUCAUGGUGGGGAACGUCAUCCAAGUGAACUUAUUGAAGCACUUCUUGGUGAGAAGCCAACAAUUGAGAUGCUUACUGAAUCAUUAGUUGAAGAUCUGCGACAACGGUCCCUUAUUCCAGCAUGAGACAUUGAAUGUUGACUUAUAUUGACUAGAUUCAUUUGAAUUAAAACUGGGAAAAGAUCAGUGUAGUCUAUGCCAACACAAUGUGUUCAAGUUUUGAUUGAAAACUUGAAAAAAAAAAGAUUAUUAAAUCGACCAACUGUGGUUGAGUGGUCCUGAUUCUGAUGGAUAUAUUACACUGGCUUUGAUACUUUGUUAUGUUAAUGUUUUCCAGUGACAUCUGUUGUUGAUAAUCUCUAGCUGGUAAAGACUAAUGAGCCACGUCACGACAAAACCAACAUAAUGGGUUAGCGUUUCGUCGUGACGCGGCUCAAAUGUCAGUUAUGAAGAUUGUUUGUGGCUCAGAAUAAAUUGUCAUUCAGGCUACGUCCAAUUGUUAGUUGUUUAUAUCAUAUAUUUACAUGUUUAAAUUGCAGAGCUGUCAUUGAUUCAGUGCAAAUGAUAUCAACAAUAUAUUGAUAUCGGAUGACAAAUAUCAAUGAUACACCAAUAUAUCAAUAAUUACCAUAAUAAUCUGUCUGUCAUUCACUUUAAUACCUGUUUUGACUUCAGUUAAAACAUGGUCUGUUUUAGUUUAGUGUCUUGUUUAAUAAAAAGCCCUUUGCAUGAUUUUUUUCCAGACAAUAUUUGUAUGUCAUCAUUGCUGUGAAAUUUUUCCACUAUAUAACAACAGCAUAAUGUUAGACAUAGAUAACUGAUUCUGUAUAUGUUUAGUCUGACACGUUAACCAAUCAGCCAUGCUGCCACAACCCUCUUUACUCAGUAGGGAGAGCAUUGGAUAAGUAAUGCUGGGGUUGCUGAUUUGAUCUUAGAGUAAGGUAUCAUUUCUGUUACAUUGAUUGUGUAUUGUAAAUUGUCUCUUAUCCUGAAUUGUGUGGAUUACUUGUCAAUCACAUGCUGAAAAUAGAUAAUUUCUGGUUAGUUGUCCAGGAAAAGCCGGUAAGGUAGAUCAGCUACCAAGAUAUGAUUUAAUAUUAUGUUAAAAUGGGCAUAAAAAGCUCAAAAUAUAAAUAAGAGGCUAAUUAUAGCCCAAAUUUUUAGCUCACCUGAGCAUAUGCUCAGGGUGAGCUAUUAGGAUCACUCUUCGUCCGUCGUCUGUCGUCCGUCGUACGUUGUCCGUUCACACUUUUCAAAUGACAUCUCCUCUGAAACCAUAAGGCAGAUCAUAAUGAAACUUCACAGGGAUAUUCCUUGUGUGAAGCCUUAACAAAGUUGUUCAAAGAAUUCCAUUCCAUGCAGAACUCUGGUUGC